AUGAAAAAAAAUGCAUACCUCCUCCUGGUUUACGGCAUUUACUCCAUUCUCAUGUUUUCUCUGUCCCUAAGAAUGCAAAAAAAUAUAUUCAAGUACAUAACUCCCAUUUCGAAGAGACUGAAUUUAAGCAAGUUUCGAAGAAUAAAAAUUUUCAGGAGGAGAACUCAGCGCAAGAGGGUGAACGUCUUCAACGAUGUUGUGAAUAAGUACAUAGGACUGGACCUGUUCUUCAGAAAGCUGAACGACGUAACGGACACCCGGGAAAAGCUCAACUACAUAAACUUCCUGCACAAAAUUGUGGAAGACAAGACAUGCGAACACCUGCUCUUCUCCAACAACCACAUAAGAACAAUUAUAUACAUACUGAAUGAGAGAUUCUUAAUGCUAAGAAAAAACGAAGAGAAAAAUGAACAAGUGGAUUACCAGAUUAUCUACAAAAUAUUACUCAUAUUUAACAAUUUAUCAAAGCAUAAGAAUUUCUAUAGAAUUAUCCUUAACGACUUCACACAUAAAAAUGAGAAGAUCUCUCUUCUGUACGUCAUUAUGAAUAUACUUAAUGAGAAGGAACAGACAAAUGAGACGUAUAAAGAAGCCAACUCUUUUUUUAGUUACUUCAUAUCCCUUUUUAAGAACAGCUCAGAUGGAACGAAGAGUCACAAUCACACUCAGAGUCAGAAUCAGAGUGAACGUAUGGAAGACACCUCUGAAGGGGCAGAGGCCAAGGUGGAAACAGGGAAGAAUCAAAUCAAGAAGGAAGAUAUAGAAGAAAUGAAAAAUAAAAUUGUUUUUCUAGGUAAACAUAUACUGCUAAAACUGAAGGAGGAAAAAAUGAAGGAAGAGGGAAAGUCCAGAGGAUAUGCCUUAACUAAUCAUGGAGAAGUGCUUUCCAGCGUGCCGUACGUAGAAGGGGAUUUCCCUGCACAGGAUUCGGAUCACAGAUCGGAGAAAAAUCGUAAAGCAUAUGCCAACAAUAUACACAACGGGGUAAAUUCCCAGUUUGCUCAAAACCGCACCAUCAGGGGGGAACCCCCCACUGAAAAAAAUAAACAAGGGGAAAUAUUUGACCCUACAAAAAAAGAGAACCAAAUGGGGAGCCCCAAAACGAUCAGUUUGGCGGGGGCCAUUGCCGGCCAUGGUGAUCCCCAUAAGGGGGCGAACUCAUUUGUGAAGAGAGAUCGCUUCGAUACGGGGGAGAACUUCCAUCUGAGGGACGUGGACGCCCAACAAGUAAACGGCGCAAACGCGGUGGGCGCCGCCACAGACACCAUCCUCUUCGUCCCCUUCUACUUCAAUAAGAACGCAAAGGACAACAUUCUAACGAGCGUGCUAUUGCAGUUCCAAAACGAAAAGGAUGUCAUCGUGUAUAAGAGGAAGGCACGUGUUGGGAAUCAGGGCCAAGCAGGCGAACAACCCUCCAUGGAGAAACUCCGGAAAAAAAGCAUCCUAAACAGCCCAAACGGCUUCAGCAACGUAGGCAACACGAUCGAAUGGAUAGGAGACGAAUACAACUGCAACAACUAUUUUGACGUUUACGAAAAUUACGCAGAAGACGAUGCAGACAUUUUGAAGUAUGAGAAGAACAAAAACGGGAAGAGAUUCCACCUCAGGGAGGUCAAAACUGAGAAGGAGAGCAGAAGCGAGAGGGACGCAUGGAGUGAAGACAAAACCAAUGCCGUGGACGAUGUGCAUGAAGAGGGGCGAGACGUGGAAGAUCAAGACGAACGAGGAGAAGAAGACAUGCAUGAGGAAGGAGAACAACAAGAAGAAGUAGAAGACGAUGAAGAGGUAGAACCCCAACAAGACUAUGAGGAAGAUUUACAAAACGAUAAACCAGACGAGAAGGAGGAGGAAGAAGAAGAAGGAAAUUUUGACCAAAAUAAGGUUAACAUCGUUUUGAGUGACUAUAAUGUGGAUAUUAAAGAUGUUGAAAAUAACCCAGAGGCUAAAGUCACUGGGGGCGCAGAAAAUAAAAGACGCUUCCUAAAUAUGGGCUUACUAAUACUGAUAAGGAAAAAUGAAAACGGGAAAGAGUGCCGAUGGGCAAGUCUGAACAGGACGGGGGAUCAACUGGGGAGAGAAAUAUCAUAUAAGGCUCCCGAAAUGGAAUCAAGCGACCCCUCUGUGAACACUGAAAACGUUGCGGCGGAUACUCCAUAUGGGGGUAGCACACCAGCAGAGCAGAUUAAACAUCCGCACAACGAUCUCAAUGAGCAGAGCUACAUAAACGGCACCGAUCUGAAGCAGACGUUUUGCAGAAGAGGAGAACCGCAAGGGGGGGUGGCACCUGUGGAGGGGUACGAAGAAAUAUACGUGAAGCGCAAAGAAGGGGGAGAAAUGGGAAAAAAAGCCCUUUGGGAGAAUGCGCCAAAACCGGACAAAUACAUCCUCAUAGGGUUCAUACAGUUCAACCUGGAUUUGUUGAAAAAUUUCAAAGUGAACAGUGAGGAUAAGGAUGAAGGGGGAAGAAAAAACCCGCUGCACAUUGGCAGCCCCUACCUGAAUUUCUCCCUAGUGGAAAACUACAUCGAAUCGCUAUUCAGACAUAUCAGCCUAAACGACUAUUUCACAAACAAGCUACUAAAACUACUAUACGAAAUCUUAUUGGAAAAUAAAAUCUCUGUAGUAUAUAAUUUAUACUACUACACGAUUAUGAAGAAGGAUAACAUGGAUAAGAUUAUAAAAAUAUUGUCCAAAAAUGUACAGAAUAAUUUAAACCGAGCAAACAUCACGCUGAUUCUGAGAAUCCUCUACAUCCUGUGCUUCCACCAAGGCUUCUACCGAAAUGGAUUAAACAGCUUAAGGAAAAACAAAAACUACAGGCUUCUGUAUAGAGAUGUGGCAAAAUAUAUGGAAGACAUAAAAGCAGGAAGCUUUAUCAAAGAGUUGCAGAAGUGGGAUAAACUAAUCGAGUGCUUAAAAACGUUAACUCUUUUUUUUGAAAAUAAGUACAGAAAUCAGAACUCGCUUUACAUAUCUGAUGAGAAGAAGGAGCAGUUUCUCUUGGAUAAUAAAAUUUUUAAAAGAAAAUUAAACAACAUUUAUAAUAGGCAUUUUAUUUGCGAAUAUAAAGAUUUGAUUAUCAUUCGGAAAACGAACAUUCUGCUGAAGGCGCUGGGGGUGAAUAUGUUCGACCUGUACAAUGAUAUCGUUUUUUCGGACAGGGAAAAGAAGCCCCAUGAUUAUUUGAUGAAGGAAGGUGAGCAGUGGAGAGGACUUUUCCACCACCUGGGGAAUGCCCUUUGGGGAUAUUUUGCCAAAGCGAGGAGGUACGUGGCGUGGCAGGCCGUGCAGGAGGGUCACCCCAUGGAGGAUUCCAACAGUGGAGGCCCCGUUGGUCAGAGAGCCAAUGAGAGGGGAGGUGAAAGCGUAGGUGACAGUGCCGGUGGCAGAAUCGGAAGUGACAGGGGAAAUAACCGAUGGAAUAACCGUGGCAGUGCCAAACCCGCGGAGUUACAAACGAACGGAGAGGGCGCACACACACAGAGCGGAAGCACCCCCGCGAAAGACACACAGGAGCAAAAAAACAGGAAGAAGCGAACAUAUAUAUAUGACCUGAACAGCAAGGAAAACAUAAGUAUGGACAAAUUUCGAAACCUAGUAAUCGAAUUGAAAAAGAAAAAAAAGAGAAAGUUAAGGAUUUUAUGUCUUGACGGAGGAGGAAUCCGAGGGUUGCUCUCCAUAGAAAUAUUAAAAUGCAUAAAUAGCCAUUUGAAGAAAAACAUAUUUGAAUACUUCGACAUCAUCUGUGGAACCAGCACCGGGGCCAUCAUAUCCAUUUUGAUCGGCCUGGAAAAGGCCCACUUAAAUGAGGUCGAAUUUUUGUACAACCUGUUGAUAAACAAAAUCUUCCAGAAGGACAUGUAUGCAGUGAGGAACACAAGAUAUUUAUUUAAGCAUUCUUACUAUGAUUCCAAAAUAUUGAGUAACAUUCUAAAUUCCUUUUUUAAAAAUAUGAAAAUGUUUCACUACAACGCGGACUUUUUCACACCCUACGUCUUUACCGUGUCGACUCAGAUGAAUGUCACUCCUCUGCAGCCCGUGAUAUUAAAAAAUUACACUGCCAACUUGGGGAAGAUUAAAGGUGCUAAACGAGAAGAGGUGUGUGACGGUUAUACGUCAACCAAUUAUGACCAUGUAGGAGGUAGGGAAGAGCAGAAUGGGGAGGAGGACGAAAGGUGGACACAUUUCCACAGCAAACAGGUAUGGGACGAUCAGCACAACGAUGCGCAGGAUGCGGAAAAGGCCAAAGCCGCUAACGACGCGAAUGGAGUGAACAUUUCGGAGAGCAACAACCCCCACACGAGUGACAUCCACAUUAACCAAAAUAUAAACAGCGUCAGUGUUUAUAAAAGCUUUUACAACAUUUUUGUCAAGUACGUAUUGAGGUGCACUACUGCCGCGCCGGGUUUUUUUAAUUUUUUCUCCUUCGACAGUAACAUUUAUGCGGAUGGAGCCAUCUGCUUUAAUAACCCCACUCUGGUAAGCCUCAACGAAAUGAAAUUAAUUUUCUACAACUACCUUAACAGUCGGAAAAGUACCCUAGUGGAGAGAGUAAAAUGCUUUUUCUCCAAAAAAAAAGAAUUGGUGGAGGGAAAAAAUAAGGCAAUCAAUCUGAAUGACUACAUUGACUGCAUCGUAAGUGUGGGCACUGGAAAAUUUAAACCAAAAAAUAUAAACGAACUAAGCGAAAACAAAACGUCUGACACCUUCCUGCGGUGGGAUGUCCUCUUAAAACAAAUUGUUUACUCAAUCACCAACACGGAGUUGACGCACGACAUCUGCAACAACGUCUUGGAUAGAGAUAAAUAUUUCCGAUUCAACUGCUUCAUUAAUAAUAUCAGUUUGGAUGAGACGUCCCCUGAAAUUAUCCACAAAUUGAAGAAGAUAGGGAAGCGAUACUUCGAAGAUCAUGCUUACAACCAGAAGAAGCUCAUCCAAUUGGUUAACAUUCUGGAGGACAGUCGAGAUGUGAAGGAGUACCAAGAGAGGCAAAGGAAGGUAUGGGGAGGGGGAGACUCCUAUCUUGAUAGAGUCAAGUCCCAAAUUUGUGGCUUCCUUUUCCCCAAUUGGGGGGCAGUUGGCCAGGGCAGUGCACAGAUUGGAAUUAACAACCAGAUUGGCAGCACCGAAGAGGUUGGGAUUACCGACCAAAGGGGGGGACAACUGCCCCCUUCAUCUCAACCAGUCAGGGCAGAGGAGACAGGUGCAUAUUCCAAUUCCAAGCCGAAUGCCCAGCCGAACACAGGAAGCUCCGCCCCGUAUCGAAACUUCAACUUUGGCCUCGUGGACGAAGACGAAAAGUUUGACCUAAACAACAUCGAAGAAAUUCUAGACAUCAUAAACAAAAGUAACAGCUCCGGUAGAAGCACAACCACAAGCACAUCAAACGGGUUCUUCCACUACUUCACCAACCUUUUCCACAACAAUAAUAAAUUUCUCAUGAAGCUGGAGAGUAUGCAGAAAAAUAAUUUCUUUAGUAGGUCUAAAAGAGAAAAAAACCACUACGUUAAUGUCGUACCGCUAACAGGCAUUCGAAUGUUACUAAACGAAAUAUAUUUUAUCCUUCUGAAAAAAAACCUAUAUUUUCACACCGAUCAGUGCUUCUCCAAUGUUGAAGAUGUGAGUAAAAAAAGUUACGACAUCAACAUUGAUAAAAUGAUUCCAUACAAUGCGGCCACCCCCCAAGGGGAAAAGGGAAUCGUCGAUCAUGAUAACCACCCCCCUGGGGGAAAGACCCAAGUGCCGUAUGAAAGCGUCCCGUCAGAUCAUUCCCCAACCAAGGAGGAAAUUUCAACAAAUGAAAGCCAUAGAACAGAUACCCAUUCGGGCAACACACAGAAAGGAGGUAGUGUGAACUAUCUUGGGGACCCCUCAUCUGAUGAGGACCCAGACGAAGAUAAUUAUUCAUAUAACCCUAAAGGGUCAUCCACUUAUCCAAAUUCGAAGAAAAUUCCUGACUUUCACAAUUCAGCAUUGAAUGAGAAGCGAGGAAGUUACUACCAAUCGGAAGGUACACAAGAAGAGGAUCCUCUACGUGAGACACUUGUAGGGGACGAAAAAAUAAACACGUCUGAUCUGGUGGACAAUUCAGCGAUAAAUAAAAAAAGCCUUCUCAAAAGGGAUGUAAAUAUGAACCACAUGAACUACAAAUUUUUUAAAUCCAUGAGCACGGAAUCGAGUGACGGGAAGAAGCAGAAUAUGAUAGAGUUGUUGCGAAAUAUAUUUUUUAAACGGGAAGCGUAA